ACUCCUCUCUCGCCAUUACUAAAGAAACCCUCUGGAAGUAAAUUUGAACACUCUGACAGGAGUGUAGACCUUAUUGUUAUCAACUGUCCGUGGAUUGUUGAUCUCAGGACCUCAGAAUGGAUCCAAGAGGUGCUCCUAUUAACUGUACAGCAGGAGCUGUGCCUGUGAAAAAUGAAAAAGGAGAGUUAACGAUGAAGAAGGUAAAAGUCAGCAGAUAUGUGGCCGGUAAACGGCCUGAAUAUGCUAAGUAUUCUAGCGAUGAAGAAGAUGAAGACGAUGGAUUAUUGGGAGAGCCUUUUGUCAAAGAACGAGAGCUCAAUGAACAAGAAAUUGACAAAGUUUUCCAGAAGGCAGAAAAGACUGACAGGAGGUUGCGGAGACUGCAGGAAAGAGUGAAAGAUGAAGAUGAGGAAAUGGAUGAAGGGCACAGACGCCGUCCUCAUGAACCAGAAGUGAUUGCCAUGGGGGAUGAAGAAGCUUCUGGGGAAGAGAGUGACAGAGAACAGAGAAGACGGUUGCCAAGGAUGGAAGAGAGUAGUGAUGAAGAAGAUCUGGAUGAAGAGGCAACUGAGAGAAGAAGAGCAAUGCUCAGGGAAAGAGCAAGACAAAGAGAAACUGAAAAGGACUUAAUGGAUUUAGAAGAAGAAGCUAAAUCAGAUGAGGAGGAGGAAGAAGAGGAGUCUUCAGAAUAUGAAGAAUACACAGAUUCUGAAGAGGAAGGCAACCAAAGGUUUAAACCAGUCUUUGUGCGCAAGAGUGACAGAGUCACUGUUCAAGAACGCGAACAGAUGCAGCUUGACCUUGAGCGCAAAGAGGAAGAAAAAAAGAAGGUUCACGAGGAAAGGGCAAAAUCAUCACGCAAGCUUGUUGAGGACCUUCUUAGGAAAGAGUUACAGGAAGAACAAGAAGUGGAGAAUGAGGAAGACAUUAUAAUCACAGACGAUGAAGAUGAUGAAGUAGAGUACGAAGCAUGGAAGGUCCGCGAACUAAAACGUAUCAAAAGGGACAGAGAUGAACGGGAACAGUUAGAGAGGGAACGGCUCGAGGCUGAGCGUCUACGCAGUCUGACAGAAGAUGAAUGGAGAAUGGAAGUGAAGAACAAUCCGAAACAAGUCACGAACAAAGCGAUCAAAGGCAAAUACAAGUUCUUACAGAAAUACUAUCACCGGGGAGCCUUUUUUAUGGACAAAGAAGAUGGUGUGUACACGCGCGACUUUGCUAAACCCACGCUGGAGGAUCAUUUUGAUAAAACAGUUCUUCCUAAAGUAAUGCAGGUGAAGAACUUUGGUCGAUCAGGCAGAACGAAGUAUACGCAUUUGGUCGAUCAAGAUACAACACAGAUGGAUUCGCCAUGGACGCAGGAGAACACCUUAGCCAUGAAAUUCCACACGGUUCGCGCAGGUGGCAGUAAACAGACAUUCCAAAGACCAAGCAAGAGAAGAAAAUAAUUUGAAUGGCUUAACACUUAAGUUUAUUUGUUCAUCGUGUUCAGUUUGCCGCUGUCACAAAUUUGAUCAACAAAAAAGGUUGAGUUUGCGGUGUUAAACGCAGGAAUACCUGUGGAAAGGUAGCUUCUAGUGGUCUCGUCCAGUGGCCAAGCGACGUUGCUUUAUUGAAGAUGCCCUGUGUAACAGUCUUUCUGCUUUCUCUUGACUGAGCUGGAGAAGUAUGACCUGAGCAUGUGCCAAACGCGAGUUGCGUGAGUGCGCGCGGAGAAAGCGAGGCCCAUAUUCUCAUGUGACUCCCACUUUGCUGCAAGGAAUCGGAGACCUCUCCCACGAGGGCAAUGUGCUGUAAGAUAUUAUAAACUGACUAGAUGUGUAUGCCAAAGACAUUUGGAGACUCUAAGGAUAAUCUAGACACUACUUGAACAGUCUUUAGAAACUUUACUUUGGUGCCUAAGGAUCAUCUGGCUUUUGUAACAUUUUCUCGACUCCUUGUGAUAUGUUCUAGUAUCAAAACAUCAAAGCAGUUAUCCCGGUAAAGCUCAUUUCCUUUUUGAACAUAUGGUGGAAAAAAUAAUAAAACAUGGCUUUUUCAAACAGA